CAGACACAUGUUGAAGCAGUUGUUGAUGAAUCUGAUGGAGAGGAAUAUGAAGAUGCAUGCACCAAGGAACAUGAAGGUGUGCACACCAAUCCAUGAUAUUGUGCAAAUCAGCGCCAAUCAAUGUAGAUUUGAUUGACAAUGAUGGCAUUCCUAUUGAUGUUCAUGUCCAACCUAUCACUGACACAGCUCCAACAUGUGAAGGCAAGACUGCCGAUCUCAAUGCAUUUUUUGGUGCAAUGUUCAAUCAUAUGGGAACCAAUGGCAAGGUCAAAAAGCACCAAAAGUGCAAGAUAUGCUUGAAACAGUGUAUACUUGUGAAUGAGUCUACAACUCUCUGUUGUCAUGCUGAAGCUAAUUUUGCGGGAAAGUAUUGA